AUGAGUACAAAUAAAGUGGAAUUGUAUAUUUAUGAUCUGUCCCAAGGCAUGGCAGCUAUCAUUUCCCCUACAAUAAUAGGAAAGAAAAUUGAUGGAAUUUGGCACACGUCCAUAGUGAUUUAUAACCGGGAAUAUUUCUUCGGGUCUAGAGGCGUUGAAAGCUGUAAUUCAGGUACUACAGCAUUAGGACGUCCACUGAGGGUAGAAGUUUUGGGAGAGACACAGGUCCCCUACACUGUGUUCAUUGAUUAUUUGAAAGGACUAUCAGAAUCUUCCUAUGCCGGUAAUACAUACAGUUUACUCCACCACAACUGCAACAACUUCUCCCAAGAUAUAGCUCAAUUUUUGUGCGGUACGUCGAUACCCAAGUACAUCUUAGACCUUCCCAACGAAGUACUCAACACCAGUUUGGGUCCCAGCUUUUUCGCUCUAGUGUCGCAGUUAGAAAACAGCGCUAGGCCCAUCAGAGAGGAACAAACCAGUAGUAUUAAAGAGACCAGUCCCGAUUUCGAGCAGUUAAACUCCCAGAUAGAGGAAGCAAGAUACAAUUCUUUUCUGUUGGAACAACGAAGGAAGAGCAUAAAGGAUAAAAUAGCCAAGAAAGAGAAAAAGCGGGAAAAGAAGCGCAAAAAGAUACUGGAAUCCGGCGGCGUUUUACCUCCAGAACUCAGAGACAACGUGACAAUGGCCGAUACAGAAGCAGUGAACGGACAAACUCAGCUGCCCUCAGAUCAAGCGCUAGCAAUGGAAGAAGAAGAAAGAAGAGAGGAGGAGGCCAAGAAGAAAGCCAGGGAUCCACCAAUAGUUUAUAAAGACAUAAUCGAUGUAAAAGCAGAAUUUGAUGCUUUGGUUGCCUUAAUCGACGGAAAGCUGACACCAGAAGAACAGAGAGCAACGGAAGAACUUCAGCAGUACAUGAUUGGAGAUGAAGGAAGCUGGGCAUUGAGUGAUGGGUUUUUGGAUUUCGUAGGACGAUUACUCAACGAUCCUCAAUUGUCUGUUGAUGUUAGAGUGAAGACAGUCAAUGUUUUGGCUAUGGCUGCCUUGAAAGAUGAUGUCAUAUUAGUUCUGCAUCAGGAUCGAAAGGACCACGUCUUGAUGAACUACGCUUUUGAAAUCGAUAGAUUGAGCAUUCAAGAACAGGAGGCUAUUGCCGUUUUUAUGGCGAAUAUGUUUGAGAAUUUGAGUUCUUCGGAAUGGUUGCUGUACAUUUCCGAAUGGUCAUACAACAACCAACAGACCAGCAACAUCAGGGUGACGACCAAAGUAGCAGUCCAUUCCCUUUUGUCGGACUCGCCAGUUUUGCAAGACCGAGGCUCAGCCAUUAUCCACAAUCUUGCUUGCAAGGAGAAAUUCAGAAAUUUUCGGAUACGACAACGAUUUCCAAAAGGGAGUUUAUCAAAGGUGUUCGAUGACGUGGCCGUCGAGCUCACCAUGGCUCUGCUGCAGUAUUUCAACUCCAAACCGCCAGAGGAGCAACUCUUCAGGUGCUUGAAGGCGCUAGCUAAGUUCGUCCAAGUGUCCACGCAAGAAGUGCCCCAACUUAUCCAGAUGAUCGGUCCCGAUCCAAGAAGUUUUAAGGGUACCAGCGAAAGAAUCGAUGUUCUAGUUGACCAAAUCGCCGCAAAGUUGCGGUAGAUGUUUUGUUUGCUCCGUUUUAUUUAUUUAUUUAUUUCAAAGUUUAUUAUUAAUGUUAACGCAGUGUCACGGGUGCUGGAUAAGGUCUAUUAUUCAAAUUAAUGGAUGAAACAAAAGGCAAUAGCGGGAUAAGAUGGUCAAAAGUACCCCGCACAGAUCAGC